GGAAGAUGUGACAGCACUGACAAAGUCUCACAACCUUCAGGAGACGUUUAAAAGCUGAACUGAUGCUGGAAUGCAAUCCUUUGGGGAACUGACAGCCUUCACAGAUAUGUGAGACACACACACAGUUUUUAGUAACUGUUUGCAACAAUGCUCCUGCCGUGGUUCAUUGUGCUCAUAUUUACGUUGGUGGAUUUGCAGAUCUGUGUUGCUGAGAACUCCUGCACGUUCUGGUCCAGUGCUGGCUCUGUGGUGCAGCACGGGUCUAGUUUCACGGUGUACUGCAUGUUUAACUGCAAGUGCAAAGGGUCCAUGUACAGUGACGGUCCAGACACCCCAUUAAGCCCCAAACAGUUGAACUCUACAACCAUCUACCUGAAUGUGGAGGGGAUCACAGAGAAAAGAACGUACGGCUGCAGAUGCAACAAUCAUGAACCAAAGCCCCUCUGCCUCUCACAGGACCCCUGUGGACUCGACAUUUCACCUGGAUAUCCACCAGAUCAUCCAAAGAACAUUUCAUGCGUCUAUGAAAUCUCGAACAAUGAGACAGGAGUUGUGAACUGCGUUUGGGACAGAGGACGAGACACUUACCUUCAAGAUCACUUUGUCAUGUGGAUGAGAGCUGGAAACCACACAGAAACACAUGUGUUACAUGAGUCCAGUAAAGGAACUGAGAACCUAUCAGCUAACUUYACUUUGUCCACAUCAGUUCAGUACAUCUUGGUUUGGGUUCGAGCUCAAAAUGUUUUGGGUUCUGUUGAGUCGUCCAUUGUGAAUUACACAGUCAGUGACAUUGUGAUGCCAUCGACGCCUGUUCUUGCCCAGCCUGAGUGCUCUUCCAGGAACUGCAGCAUACGACUGAGGCAGUUUGAUGUGACUCAGACCCUACAGAUCCAGUUCAGAACUGAACAACAGCAGCAGUGGACAACUCAUCCAGACUCUGAGUCUGAACUGUCCAUCUCCAAAGGGAGGAAUGUGGAGUACAAGAUCACUGUUUACAGCCGAAACCUGAGUUUCAGCAUUAAUGUCAGCGCUGAUGUUAAGAGUUGGUCUGUUCCAUUCUGUGCAAACUGUGAAGUGACAGUGCAAGCUCGCAACUCCAAAGGCCUCUCACCUCCUGCCAAAAUAACAACUCACCAAAGAAAAGCUGAGACUCUUYUAGAUGUGAGAGCAAAAUCAAUCAAUUCCACUGUUGCCAUCUCCUGGACAAAACCUGAAACUGCAGCCACUGCAUACGUGGUGGAGUGGUUUCCAGAGGGCCUGAUGUUGGAGGAGCUCCGAUGGGUCCGACUGGACCAAAACCACACCCGUGUGGUUCUCACAGACUUGAAACCAUGGGAGUGUUAUGAAGGAGCGGUGAACGCCUUCUCAAACGACAGCUUGAUAAGCAGGAGCAGAUUUAAACAAACUGCAACUUUGGAGUCAGUUCCAGAAACCGGUCCAUCAGUCGAAAAACAGGUGAAAGGCGACGAAGUGACAGUUACUUGGAUGGAACUGCCCAGGCUUCAGCGCCGGGGCUGCAUCACCAGAUACACCAUCUACCUGGAGAAUCACGAGAACAACCCAGCACACCCAAAGCUGUUCUCUGUAGGAGCGUCACACAGGAAGCACAUGAUCAGAGGUCUGUCUCCAGCGCUCUACAGUCUGUGGAUGAGCGCUUCAACUGCCGAAGGAGAAGGUCCACCUGGUCAAAAAAUCAAGUUCUACAUUGAAGAGGACAACCAGCUGUACCCUCUGCUCAUGAUUGUAUUUGCUGUCUCGAUGAUAUCAUUUGUAUUUUGUCUGUGGAAGAGUUCAUUUGUGAAGCAGAGGUUUAGACAGUUUUUUUCCUGCCUCAUUCCUGAUGUGCCAGAUCCUGCAAACAGCAAGUGGGCCAAACAGUGCACCAAAGAUGGGGGCAAGAUGAUCCUCCAGCUCCAACCUGGUAACUCCAAUUUAAUCAAUGAGGAAGAUGAGACUAUUCUGGUGAACGUGGAGAUUUUCAAGCAGCGCUGUGACACGUACACCCCCACAAACAUCUCGCCAUGUGUCCCCUCACCGACCAACCUGAGCCCAGAGACCGAGCUAACCACGCUACUGUAUCCUGCUCUGACCACCUAUAUUAAGAGCUUCUCCCAUGACUCUGACAGCUCUGACCACACACAGACAUCACUGGACACAAACACCACCAUCAGUUACAUCUCGUUCCAUGGGAUGGGGAACUUGGACUCGUAUGAUCAAGAGGAGGAGGAGGAGGAGCCAGUGCAUUUCUUCCCCAGUCUCAACAUCUUCAUGGAACCCCUGGAGUUGGGAGAGAAGUUGACUCUGGAUGCUGUAAAGAUAGACUGCAGUGACUUCUUUCAGAACGCUUAACUGUGACUCUAAGAUUAUGUUGAGCUCCAUGCUUGGAUGUGCCUGAACUACCUCAUUGCUUUUUAUUGAAAUCACCAAGAUACCGCUGGCUGAAGUCUAAGCUUCAGCUUUGCAGAAAUCCUUUGAUGCAUUACAAACAUUUUCCGGUAGGAUGGCUAUGUAUGGGGUGCCGAUUGUAAAGUGACACAGUCAAAAAUUACCACCAAUAUUUU